AGGAAAAAGAGGAGAGAGAAAAGAGAAAGAAUUAGAGAGAUGUGUGGUAUUUCAUUCAUACUUGAUGGUAUUUCCAUUGAUUUAUCCUCCAUUAAUAAUAACACCCAACUAUUAUCUUCAACUGCUGAUGUUCAACCAUAAGGAAUGCUUGUUAUACUGAGUGCAGUUUAAAUUUACAAUUGAUGACUUGAAAGCGGUUUUACGAAGAAGAGGUCCUGAUAGCUUGGGGACUAAAAAGGUUUUCCUUGAAGUGAAGGAUGCACAAGUUUAUUCUUGUGUUGCCAGGGAUGAGGAUGUCGAAAACGAACUCUCGUGCUUGCAGGAUAUGCAUAGCAGUGCACACUGUGCCAAUGGAGAGGCUAAAAUUGGAGUAAAUCAGUCUGUUGCAGCGAUGUGUUUUUUGGGUGCAGUUCUCCAAUUGAGGGGAACAAAGCCAGUUGCGCAGCCGUUUGUUGAUGCUUCUGGGAAUAUCCUUAUUUAUAAUGGUGAAAUAUUUGGUGGGAUCCAUGUUAGCUUUGACAGCAAUGAUGCUAAAGUCCUGCUGCAGUCUUUGGAAAACUGUUGCUGUUGCCAGUUCCAUGGGAAUAGUAGCAGCUGUUGUGGGAAACCAAUUCCUGAACUUCUUUCAUCAAUUAAAGGGCCCUGGGCUGUAAUAUAUUGGCAGGAUGCCUCCAGGACCCUGUGGUUUGGCAGGGAUGCAAUGGGGAGACGGAGCCUUCUUGUUCAUUGGCCCACUUCAGAGGAUUCUCGGCUUAUUUUAUCUUCUAUAUCACCUCCAGCCUCCACUUCUCAGAGGCCCGAUCCCGAAGUUGUAGAUAGAGAAAGUAAUAUCAAUUACUGGGAAGAACUCCCCUGUGGGGUGUACAGUAUAGCUAUUGAUGCUUCAAGAACUAGUGCAUGUCUGUCUGGCAAAGUGAGAAAGCAUGAAUGGAUGAACUCUAUGCUAAAAGAUCUUAUCGUGUGGGAGAGGAAGCUGAUUGAGCCUAAGCAUGUGGAGUUAAAAUCUUUUGAUUCCUCUCUACUUUUUGGGAAACCUGACUUGCUUUCGGCUUCUGAUAGUGGAACAUUACAGUCUUCAACUAUCUCACCGGCUGAACAGGUCUUGGCUGCCCUGAGAAAAUCCAUCGCACGACGCACUACCCAGAAUGCAAUCUUUAAGGAGACAGCUAUGCAUGACAACGGGCAAGGGAGCUCUGUCCCUGUGGCUGUUCUGUUUUCAGGAGGGUUAGAUUCCAUGAUACUGGCAGCAAUACUGCAUGAAUGCCUAGAUGCCAGAUAUGGCAUUGAUUUGCUAAAUGUUAGCUUCGAAGGUGAAGCAGCACCUGAUCGAGUCACUGCUAGAACAGGACUGAACGAACUGAACAAAAUUGCACCUCUGAGAAGGUGGAGACUUGUGGAGAUUGAUGCUGAGCUAUCGAAUCUGACCAUGGAGAUGAAGCAUGUCAUGUCUCUAAUAAACCCUGCAAACACUUACAUGGACCUGAAUAUUGGUAUAGCACUGUGGUUGGCGGCUGGUGGUGACGGUUGGGUGCAUGAAGCAAAUAAUUACGCUAUUCAGGAUGGCUUACAGCGCUUCAGAUACAAGUCUGAAGCAAGAAUACUACUAGUUGGUUCUGGUGCCGAUGAGCAAUGUGCUGGAUAUGGUAGGCAUAGAACAAAAUACAGAAAUAGCAGUUGGCUUGGCCUAAAUGAGGAAAUGAAGUUGGAUAUGCAGAGAAUCUGGAAAAGAAACCUUGGGAGAGAUGAUAGAUGUAUUGCCGACAAUGGAAAAGAGGCCAGAUUUCCAUUCUUGGAUGAGGAUGUCAUAAGGAUUUUGCUUGAUUUUCCGCUGUGGGAGAUUGCCAACCUCAAUCAGCCAAGCGGCACUGGUGAUAAGAAAAUUUUGAGAGAGGUUGCUAGAUUGCUUGGGUUAUCCGAAGCAGCAACUCAGCCGAAACGAGCCAUUCAGUUUGGGUCCAGAAUAGCACAAAAAUCAAACCGCAUGAAUUUUGGCAGCAACCGUGCGGCUAAUCAAGCCUCUGCUGGCAGUGUGGUCAUUUACAAGUCUUCAGACUAAAUUCCCGUGUUCCCUGUUGAGCAUGCUGGUGCAUUAGUUACAGACUGGCAGCAAGUGUUUUUCACUUGUAUGUCGAGGAUUACUAUAACCCAUUUAAUCAUGAAGUAUAGAUGCAUUCAAAUCUUGGACAUGAGAAAAUUUUGCUUGCAAAGUUUUAUUAGAUGUGGACUUAUAGCUGUUGGUGGGUUUCAAGUGGGAUUGUGAGCAAUGUAACCUAUUCAAAGUGUAUAUUAUAUACUCAAUUCUCUGUUAGAGAGGAAUUUUGUAUUAGUGAGUCUUUGAGAGUUUGAGUUUGUACUGCCGACAUUUUAUGUGUUUUGUUAGAGUUUCGAAAUGAGUCGUUUUGGAACUUUGCUGAAGCAAUGGCUCGAAAUGAGUUUAUGGGUGCUAAAUUGAUUGUAUGGUGAAGGGAGCUAAUCUUAGUUCACCUUAUCAAAGUAGAGAGGGAUUAGUAUCACAUUUACAUGUC